AUGAUAAAGCAAAAAAUUAUGGUGUUUUUAUUUAUUAAAAUUUUAACGUUUAUACUACUACCUUGGAUAUGUCUCUUUUGCAAUGACAUUAGCUCUUUAAAUAAAAAUUUGGUUGAAAAAUGCAGUCUCAGUAGAAAAUUACAUUCAAGAAACUAUCGAUUAUUAGCUAAAUAUAAACAGGAUAAGGAUUCAAUUAUUGAAAAUUUUAAAGAAGAAGUGCCAAAUAAUGAAUUGAAAGAAAAAAAAAUUAUAUCUAAUAUUAAAAAAGGAACAAAUAAAAAAGAUAAGCAAUCAUGUAAAAGUUCAUUAGAUAUUAAGAAACACAAUAGAAAUGUUGAGAAAAAUAAAUGUGGUAUACCUAAAACAAAAAAAUAUUUCGAUUUUGAAAAAAAAAUAUUUAAAAAACUUAAUUAUGAAGAUUACGUUAAAAAUAUCAGAAUUAUUGAAAAUAAGGAAUAUAAAGAAUUAACACGUAAAAAACGCAGAAUACGAACUGCUUUACUUUUGUUAUUUUUUUUUGUAUUGAUACUACCAAUAUUAGAUCUUUCAUUAGAAAAAAUUACAGAUGGUGGUUUGUUGGGUUUAUUAGGGUUGUUAUCUCCAAUUGGAUCUGCAGAUGCUAGAGGAACGCUUGGGGUAGAGGGACAUCUAGUUACACUGUUAAGUGAAGGUACUUGGGGUAAUAUUAAAAAAAUAUAUUUAUCAACACUUUUCUUUUAUGGAAUACCUUUCCUUCUAUUUGUUAUUAUAUUUAUAUUAGGGAUGGUUUAUUACUAUAAAAAAGUUAUAAAAUAUGAAAAUAUUAAGUUCACAAAAAGAUUAAAUAAGAAGUAA